GUGAACAUGCUGUUCCUCGAGUCGGAGAACAAGAUCAUCAAGGAGGUGCUGGAGGGCCGCCUGGGCGAGAAAGCUCCUCGCCCCGUGCCGCCGCUCGAGAUCCGCCUGUGCGACUUUGACGAUGUGCAGUAUGACCUGUCGAUCGCGGACAACCUGCUGACGGUCUCCAUGGCCUACCCGCCCUACAAGACGCUGGAAGGACUGGGUGUCACGCAGAUGUUCGCCGCGACCUACCCGGAGUGCCAGCUCGUCGCCGCGAAGGCGGGCUUUGACUUCUCGCUGCAGGUCAACGUGGACUUGAUCACCCCGGCCAAUGCCUCGUCGUUCAUUGAUCGCAUUUCGGUGCUGAAGCGCAACAUUCUGGGCGCCCCGUUCGAGCAGUGCUUUGAGGCUCUGCAAAAUGGAAACGCGAGCUCCCUCGGUCCCGUGCAGAUUCCGUACCGCCGCAACGAGACCAUUUACGUGCUCCCUCAGGCCGACCGCAUCGUCAUCGUGUACUCGGUCUGCUUCGAUGACAAGACGGACCAGGCCAUAGCACGCGUGUUCCUGCAGGAGUUUGUGGACACCCGUCGCACUGUAAACAACGCGCCCCCUGUUGCGUUCGGCAAGGACCCGCCCCUUGAGCUGCGCGGUGCCCCAGGCCUGCGUAACUCGCCGGACCUGGUCGGCUAUCUGAGCAUUGCCAUCUUCCCGACCCAUGUGGACACAACCGAGAAGCGUAUCAAGGCGGCCACGCUGGUGCAGGGUCUGCGCAACUACCUGCACUACCACAUCAAGGCGUCCAAGACGUACCUGCACAUCCGCAUGCGGAAGCGCGUGGACCUGCUGCUGCAAGUGCUGAACCGCGCGCGUCCCGAGAAGGACCAGUCCAAGACCCAGAAGAAGACGAUCACGGGCCGAACCUUCGCGCGCGCUUAGACGAGAGAAAGAGGAUGAAGCCAUUGAGAUCCAAGGUGGCGCCCGUGUGCCAACCAAGAUUUUUUUUUGCUGUAGGCUAACCAGUCGUACACGUUCGUGCAGCGC